UGCUCUGCGCAGCUGUAGAGUCCGCCCGGCCGCUAACUUUUAACGGAUCCGCCGCUUCUAACCAGCGUGGGCUGCACUCGGGAGGAAGACACAAACAUAUUAGGAAACAAACACUGCAGUGGACGGCGAUGGCUAACUGCGAGUCGCCGGUGGCUUUGAAUGGAACUCAAAUUUCCUACAUUGCACAUGAUUGUAAGGACAUCCCAGACUUUCUUGGGGACACUUACGGACAUUUUGCAAGGAGGUUGGACUUGAGCUUCAACCAGCUCAGGUCCUUGGCGGGCCUGGGGAUGUUCACCGAGCUGGAAGAGCUGGUCGUCGACAACAACCUGCUUGGGAAUGACCUCCGGUUGCCAGGGUUACCAAACCUGCACACCUUGACGCUCAAUAAGAACAACCUGACCGAUAUUGAAGCCCUGCUGGAGCACUUGGCCGACGUGACCCCGUCGCUGCGGUACCUCAGCCUGCUGGGGAACGAGGCCUGCCCCAACCAGCUGGUCAGCCCGGAUAAAGACGAGGACGACUACCAGAGAUACAGGUAUUUUGUUCUGCACAAGUUGCCCAAUCUUAAGUUCUUGGACACCAGGAAAGUCACCAGAAAAGAAACCAUGGAGGCCCAAGCCAGAGGAGCGUUCAUGAAGGUGGUCAAGCCCAAGUCCGACACUCCGCCGAAAGAAGCCGGAUUUGAGAGCCGCCCUCUGCCCUACACUCCUCUACCCCGAGGAUCCCGAGACGCUAAGAACCAUAAAGGUAAGGGCAAACCAAAGACCUUUCGACGGCAUAACCUUUUCAAGGUAACCUGUUGCGCACACAGAUACGUAACUCUUCACAAUUAAUAGCAACAAGAUGAAAUGUGCCUCCAAUCAAACUCCAGGUCAGUGGAUUAUGCAAACAAAAGUCCUGACCUGAACAGGAGUGGGAAUCUAUUGAUUGAAUUGAGCUAAUUCUAUCUUUAUUCUUAUUGAUCUCGUCUCGUAAGUCGGAUGCGUUGAUAGUGGGAGUGAACUGGUGUGAACGUACGCGUGGGAGCGUGGAAGACGAGUGGAAAGAUCCUUGAUCUGUUGAUAUGAGACAUUGAUUAAGGCUCAUAGUGUGUGUAGUUUGCCCCGUUGUGAAGAAAUAGUCUUGUAUUCCUGCUAAAAACGAGAAAUCCAAAACUUUUCGAAGGUUUUAAUAGGACAUUUUGUAUCAAAAGGUACAAGAAUAAUUAAUGAACAAGCUGCAAGAUAAUCAAAAUGAAACAAAAUACAAAAAAAAUGAAACAAAAUACAAAAA